CACAUACAUCCUUCCCCUCUCUUCACCUCUAUACUGACAAUAAUAAUAAUGAGUCUCGCCGAUAUCCUGUCUGCGUGCUUUGGCAGUGGUAGCAGCAACGCCCCCGGCUCGCGCCAAGCACCCUAUCUGAGCGCUGACGAGGCUGCAAACAUGCCGCUGGAGGCAUUCCUUGAGCGCAGUCUCGAGAGUUCGCCCAGCGUUAUGCAGCAGCAAAACGAGUUCGCCGAGAUCUUCCGUCGCCACCUGCAGAACGGUGCCAACCUCUCGCAUAUUGCCAAUGUCGUGAGGAACCAGACCACCCGGCUCGCGAGCAGCGGCACCGAUCGCGCCACAGCCGACUGGGCAGGCCAGCUAUUUGCCAUGAGUAUCGAUGGCCAGUCUGGCGGCAACCGCCAGAAUGGCGGCUACAAGCCGCCGCAGAUGCAGCCAGGCUCUUAUGCGGCAGCUGUUGGGUCGGACCAGAACGGAUGGGAGAUGCAGCAGAGCAACCAUGGCCGGCAGAACAACCAGAAGCGCGAUGACACGUACAUCCGGUCGUACUUCUUCCCGUCAGAGCAGAGCUUCGAGCAGCUGAUGAACUUUUUGGAUUCGGCCAAGUCCACCUUGGAUAUCUGUGUGUUCAAUAUCACCGACAAUGAUGUGGCAAACGCGAUCAUUCGCGCCAAGAAGCGCGGCGUCGAGGUGCGCAUUAUCACCGAUGACGGCCAGCUCGAGUCGAAGGGCAGCGAUGUUAUUCGCAUGCAGCAGGACCACGGUAUUCCGUUCAAGCACGACAACGACGAGAACAAGUUCAUGCACUCAAAGUUUGCCGUUAUUGACCGACGCGCUGUCUGGAUGGGGUCGUACAACUGGACUGUUGGUGCCCGCCGCAGCAACAACGAGUCUGUCAUUGUCACCAACGACAAGAGCACUGCCGACGCCUUCAGCCGUGAGUUCGAGAAGCUUUGGCGCCAGUUCUAGAC